AUGUACUCAGGUUAUCUCUACGCGGAUCCAAACAUACAGAAUUCGCCUUUCCAAGGUUAUAUGCUGCUGCCUGCUCAUCUACAGCAAGGGCUCCCGCUACCCCCACUGUAUCCUCCUGACAGUCCAUACUACCUGUCCAUGCUCCCGGCCAAUUUGCUCUCCACGCCGAACCCUUACGUGUCCCGGCCUUCUUACUAUCCUCCCCAGCCUCAGCUGCCUCUGGCUCAGCAAAUGUACCACCAGCGUGCCAUGCUGCUGCUGCUGCUGCUGCCGAUUGUGCCUUAUUUGACCCACCCUCAUGCCAAAUCCGGCUUGGAUCACCUCAACCUUUCCAGAACAGUGAUUCUCAAGCAUUUGAGCUCUGAACUUUCGCUUAAUGAGCUCUUGUCUGAGAUCGACCAUGGUCCUAUCGAGUACUGCAAGAUGUUUACCUCCACUCCGCCUUCUCAUAUUAAAGACGUGUCGGAGGUCAAAACGUGCUACAUUUCUUUCGUCAACACGAAGAUAUCUGUGGCUUUCUUCCACAAGUACACGAAAAGCUCUCAUAAUUUGCGUACGCUUAAGGAUAAGCUCAAGGGUUCCAAGUAUUUGAAGCUUUCCCUCAACGAGCCAUGCUCGUCCAUGUCACUCAACGCUCAGCCCCCGGUGGGUUCGAAUAACCUUUCUAAGCAGGACUUUAUUAAGCUCAAAACUCUCAACUAUAUCUUGGAAUACAAUGCCACGCGUUGUAUUACCAUAAAGUUUGAGUUAGCCUCUCCCGAGCUCUUUGCGCCAACGAAAGAUAAAUUUCGUGCUCAGUGCUCCAAGUUUGGCUCUAUCGAAGACUUCAAAUCUUCAGUCAAUGAACUGAACCUUACAUUGAAGCUUCUCGUUCAUUUUACUUCCAUUGAUGCUGCAAUCAAGGUAUAUGAGUACUAUUCUAAGCAGGUUCAACGUGACCACGCCCGUCAGCUUGAUCUUAGUGGCUCUGAGAAGAUGUCUUCCAAAUGCUUGCUUGUCAAGUUCCAUCGUGAUCGUUGCGAUCGUACUGAACUACAAACGUCUCGUCACUCGCUGACCUCGCAUUUCCAAAAGCCCCCAACGAACGGAUCACAAGCUUCAUUAUCUUCUUCUCCUAAGAUCUCAAAGCGGCCGCUUAAUAGUAUGAUUCAAAACAUUCCGGAGCAUGAUGAAUCGCCCGCUGGUGGAUUUACUGAUGUUGACAACCCCGCAGUGGUUAGUCCUUUAUCAAGUCCACAGCAUUCCUCAGACAAUAUGAUUCCCGCAUUAGCCAACGACAGUGAACUUGGUAAGAUCUCGCCAAAGGCGGAUGUCAAGGUUAAUGCUUCCAAUGGUAACGUGCCUGUGGCUGACUCAGAGUUAAGCGCUUCUUUGGAGAGUGUAAGUGUUGUUGAUAGCCAUGCAUCUUCGCCUGCUGCGCCAAUACUGGCAAGCCAUCCAGACGACUCGCAUUUCUACUCCUACGGUUCUGAAAUGCCUGGAACUCAAAUGCAACAGGCUCAUCCAAUGUUUGCUCCUCAGAUAGCUGCUAACUCACUUCCAGUCAACCAGAUGCAUCCUUAUCAAUACAACCCUGACCCUUUCAACGUUGGAAAUAGAACAAUCUUCUUGGGCAACUUGCAUCCAUAUACCCAGGUUGAGGAGAUUGCUAACAAUGUGAGGGCCGGAGGGCUCGUUGAAAGCAUUAAUUUCAUCAAGGCGAGACGUAUGUGCUUCAUCACUUUCGUUGAUCCUGCUGUUGCUUUGAAAUUUUAUCUUAAUCAUCAGGUCCUACAUCAAUUAAUCAUUCAUGGUAAUGAUGUGAAGGUUAGCUGGGGAAAGAAUCACUCCGGUCCUUUGAGCAGAGAUAUUGCUUUGGCUGUGACUGCAGGCGCCUCUAGAAAUGUCUACAUUGGAGUGAAAGGAGGCAAGCUGAAUGCCGAUAAGCAGCUUCAAUUACCAGGCGAACAGACGUUACGUGAAGACUUUUCGAAAUUUGGUGAUUUGGAACAAAUCAACUUCUAUCAUAACAAGGAUUGUGGCUUUAUCAACUUCAUGAACAUUUCAAAUGCUAUUAGGCUCGUGGAGCUCAUGGAUACACAAAAUGUUUCCAAAAUCAAUGCUAUUGUGGGUGAUAAUGGUGAAUUCUAUGAAAAGUAUAAGGACUUUAAGAUCAGCUUCGGCAAAGAUAGAUGUGGAAAUCCUCCAAAAUUCAGCUUUAAGAAGAAGAACGCUAGCUUCGAGUACUUCAAUCUGAGUGAAAUUGAUCUCUCUAGAGCAGACACCGGACAGGAUGCCAGUGGUCAUAAUGAAAAUGGACAAGGACCACACGUUGUCGAACAUCCAGAGGAUGAUUCCUUGAUCACAGAAGAAGCAGCUAUGGUUUUUGGAAUCAGCACUUCGCCUGCAAGAAAUGAUAAAGCGAUAGUCUCUCUGGAGUCUGAUAGCGAGCCCCUUGAAGGAAAAGCUGUGACAUCACUGCCUGAACCAACUCUGAAGAAUGGCCAGGCAAAGAAGAACUCCACUGGCUGCGAAAAGGACAUUGCGAAGGAGACUGACAGUAAGCUCAAGAAUGCUGUUGGCCAGUGUAAUGGGGAGGCUGAAAAUAAUGAUGAGGAUGACGAUGAAGAUGACGAUGACAUUUCUAUCAUCAUUGGAUCUGACAUUACGACAUCUACUAAUAGAAAUACCACACCUCCUAAGCAGAGGCGUCAUAGCAAAUCAGGCUAUCAUCUUCGUGACCCAGCUGAUGCCUAUUCGCAGCAUUGGUAUGCAUCUAAGAAUUCUUCCUCCUUGUCUUUGAACUCCAAUCACAGAAAGUACCUGAACUAUCACCAGCAUGCAUUCAGCCCUAUGCCACAGCCUAUGUAUAUGGCUCCCCAGCAUCCACCACUGAUGCAGGGCUCUUCUAGAUCCAAUAGUUUCUACGGAAACUCGAUGAAUGGUUCAAUGCCUCAGCUUGUGCAUCAUAAUUCCUUUUCUGGGUCGUCGAUGCCGCAAGCAACAAGAAGCCAUUCCUCAUUCUCAGGCUCGCAAGUCAUGGCGCAGUAUUUGGCCAAGUCUCAGCAUGAUAACUUCAUCUACGCAACAAGCAUCUUGGCGAAUGAUGUAACCCCAGAAGAGAUGAGAGAGUAUCUGUCAAAGAGAACGCAUAAAAAAGGUCCAAAGAAAAGCAGCGAAAAUGAGAAUAAAGACGUUGACGAUUAA